AUGACCGGCCGCCACUCACUGCUGGCCUGGGCCCUCAUUGCCCUCCUCGGACUAGGCACAGCACGGAAGUCAGAAGCCCCAGCCUGCUGCAGCACCACAGUGCCCCGGGACGAGUGGGGAGCCAUGGCAACCACGUGCAACAAGAGCCUGUCCGUACCCGUGCACUACGUGGUGGUGUCGCACACAGCAGGCAGCACCUGCAACAAUCCAGCCUCGUGCCAGCAGCAGGUCCAGAAUGUACAGAACUACCACAUGCAGACGCUGGGUUGGUGCGACGUGGGCUACAACUUCCUGAUUGGAGAAGAUGGGCUGGUGUACGAAGGCAGGGGAUGGAACACCAAGGGUGACCACACAGGCAACAACUGGAACCCCAUAUCCAUUGGCAUCAGCUUCAUGGGCAACUAUAUGGAGCGAGUGCCGCCAGCCCGGGCCCUCCGGGCAGCCAAGAGUCUGCUGGCCUGUGGGGUGGCUCUGGGAGCCCUGGAUCCCCACUACGAGGUCAAAGGACACCGGGAUGUGCAGAAGACACUCUCUCCAGGUGACCAGCUCUACAGAAUCAUCCAGAAUUGGCCACACUACUAGGACUGAGGCCUU